CUGCUGCUCGACGGUACGUCGGUGGGAGUACCCCCUGCGCGGCCCCCUUUUGCGCUUCUCUCUGCUAGUUGGAAGUUGUUGCCACGGCGAGCGCAGAGAGGGAGAGAGGGAGAGAGGGAGAGGAGAGGGGACGAGAGCGCAGCAGCUGAGCGGCCAAACGACAACACGGCGCAAACAUCUCGGUUAUCUUCCGAGACGUGUCACGCGUCGACCUGUCACUUCUACCGCUCCGUGCCCGCGAGUCACAACUUGACAGAGAGGACCGCGGCAGCACCAGCAACCACGGGCGGCCCGCCGGCGAAGUAACAACAACAACAACAACAACAACAAAACUCCCCCGAAACGCGGUCGUCUCAGCGGGCAUGAGCUAACCGACCGACAUGGAAACCAAACCGUUCCUGUCACUGGGGUUCCUGAAGCCCCAGUGCUCGUUGGCCCAUCCCAUGCAGCGAGGCCGCUCAGGCGAGGCUUGCUCCUGCUUCACUGGCAUGUGCGCCCUCCAUCAGCGCCGCCUGUCCUCAGACUCGUCGGGCCACUUGUCCUCCUCGCCCCUGGGCUCCCCCACGUCCCACCGGGGGAUGCACCCGUCUCUGCUCAGCCCGACCUCCAUGGGGCCCUCGGGCUCCCUCCACUCCCCCAUCAGCACGCUGAGUUCGCCCAUGAACGGCCUCGGCUCGCCCUUCUCCGUCAUCAGCUCGCCUAUGGGUCCCCACUCCAUGAGCUCCCCCGGCAUGGGGUACGGCCCCAGCGUCAGCCCCCAGAUGUUCCAGCUGAACUCCCCGAUGAACUCGGUCAGCAGCACGGAGGACAUCAAGCCCCCGCUGGGCCUCAACGGCGUGAUGAAGGUGCCCGCCCAGCCCUCUGGCACGGUCCUGUCGCUCACCAAACACAUCUGCGCCAUCUGCGGCGACCGAUCCUCAGGUAAACACUACGGGGUUUACAGCUGCGAGGGCUGCAAAGGGUUUUUCAAGCGGACGGUACGCAAAGACCUCACCUACACCUGCCGCGACAACAAGAACUGUGUCAUCGACAAGCGCCAGAGGAACCGCUGCCAGUACUGCCGCUACCAAAAGUGUUUAGCCAUGGGCAUGAAGAGAGAAGUUUUGUUACAUGCAGCCGUUCAGGAGGAGCGCCAGCGAGCCAAGGAGAGAAACGAGAGCGAGGUAGAGUCCUCCAGCUGCGCCAACGAGGACAUGCCCGUGGAGAAGAUUCUGGAGGCCGAGCAGGCGGUGGAACCCAAAACGGAGACCUACAUCGAGACCAACCUCGGCGUGCCAUCCAAUUCGCCUAACGACCCGGUGACAAAUAUCUGUCAGGCGGCUGACAAGCAGCUCUUCACCCUGGUGGAGUGGGCCAAGAGGAUCCCCCACUUCUCUGAGCUGCCACUGGACGACCAGGUCAUCCUUCUACGAGCAGGCUGGAACGAACUUCUCAUCGCGUCGUUUUCGCACCGCUCGAUAUCGAUCAAAGACGGGAUCCUGCUGGCGACCGGGCUGCACGUCCACCGCAACAGCGCCCACAGCGCCGGGGUGGGGGCCAUCUUUGACAGAGUGCUCACAGAGCUGGUGUCAAAGAUGAGGGACAUGCAGAUGGAUAAGACGGAGUUGGGGUGCCUUCGAGCGAUAGUCCUUUUCAACCCAGACUCCAAAGGGUUGUCCAAUCCGGGUGAGGUAGAAGCUCUGAGAGAGAAGGUGUACGCGUCUUUAGAGGCCUACUGCAAACAGAAGUACCCCGACCAGCCUGGCAGGUUUGCCAAACUGUUGCUGCGGUUACCGGCGCUGCGCUCCAUCGGCCUCAAGUGUCUGGAGCACUUGUUCUUCUUCAAGCUCAUCGGGGACACGCCCAUCGACACCUUCCUCAUGGAGAUGCUAGAAGCCCCGCAUCAAAUGACAUAGUAGCAGAGAUGCUUGAUCGGGACAGUGAGGGGUGGAUCAUGUGACGGAUGGAGAAGCUGUUCCACCCGUCCCUCCACACCGGCUCCCUGUUGGAUGUGUUCCAAGACAAUGAAUUCAUCCUCCCUUUGAGUCUGUUUUAUACCUUGUAAAACAUAUAUAAAUAAGAAAUAUAUAGAUAUACAGUAUAUAUAGAUAUAGGUAUGGAAAUCACACUGCGACACGGGUGACAACAGUGGACUUCAGAAGAAGCGCGUUGAGCUGUUGUUUUCAUCCUCUUUCCCCACACGGCGACAAGACAAGAAAAAGACGAUCAGGGUUUGAACGCCCACAGUUGCAGGUAUUUUGAGAAAACAUCAACCAGACAUUUUUAAAAAAGGACCCUCUGCGUUGUGAUCGGCCCCAUCGAGGAGCGGGAGAGCCUGAGGCCGUCCGGACCUGAGCCUUCUCUCUCUCUUUAUCAGGACUCUGAACUCACUCCGUGGGGGACUUGGAGGCAGAGGAAAGGGUAGACGCCCGUUUGAAGGAGCCCGUCCUUUCUCCGCCCGACUCGACGUCCGGUCUUGCACUAGCCGCUGUGACGGCUUAUGGGGCGGCAAGCGCUUAAAAAAUAAAUGAAACAACCUCAGGUGUCUGCUCGAUUCCACCAAAUAGCACCUGCGCGUUACUCCGUUAGCACUGUGCGCCAUCAGAUGGGGGGGGGGGGCAUUUUAGUCAAAUCAGCCCAUUGCUUGGUGGCUACGCAUGGCGAGGGAAGAUGAAGAAGACUUUGUUUGGGCCUUCUGUCGUCACCUCUGUCUUAUGGGGGGGGGACCUUUUUUUUUCUGUACCCUUCUUGGACCUCUCCCCGUCUUGUGUCACGUAACUUUCAACUCCCGCCCCCGCGGCGGGAUGCUAUCCUCACACACCCACAUCUACCUGUACAGACAGCUACAGCCGCACGCAGUAUUGACCUUACUCUGACUUACCUCUGUUCUCCAUCCGUCCCGCCGGCGGCCCCUUACUCGGCACUUAACCUCGGUGCAGUCAGGCUCCCGCAACGGACCUCUUGAGGGGAAUCUGACCCCGAUUGGGGACGCACCAUUCAGCGGGACACACACACACACACACACACUCGCUCUCCCUGCACUUCUCUGGACGAGCUGGAGUCAUUUAAGUGAAAUUAGAUAUGGAUACCUCCAUUUUGUGUGUGAUUAUGCUUUAUGCUCAUAUGCUGUUUGUUGCUUUUCUCUAAAUGCUGCGGCCGCUGCGAUACUAUGCAUCCAGUGCGUUUCCAAAGAUGGUCCACAGAGUGUUGGUGAGCCGUGGUGUUUCUCUCCUGGACCGAGUAACCUGCUCGUUCGGCUUUCAUCUCUCCUCCACACUAUUGGGACACAGGACAGACAUUCUGUACCGGUUGAUUCACCUCUGAAAGUGAGUUCAAGGCUGUGCGUCAAGUCGGAUACCAGAAAAAGGCCCAGAUGAAAAUGAAAUGAAGGAUUUUCUUCUUCCUAUUUCUGCUGAUUGGUCAUGUUAUGUGAGCGACUUGGACCCCUGAGCGCUGUGUCGUCAUCCCCCUGAGAUGAACUGAACGGGUUAACGUGGGUGAAUGGAGCCUUGGAUGUGCUACUUCAAUACUCAGUUUUUAAGUCUUCACCGAUUAAUAUAUUUUAGUAAAUGUACCUAAAUAUUCAUUUACACAUGCAUUUCAAUCCUGCGUCAUAAGAAAAGAGUAUGACAUUUAACUUUUAAUCACUUAAAAUCAUUGAGGAUUUCACUACAAAUGUAAUGGUAAUACUUCUACAUCACGAGGAAUCUCUCACAGGAGAUACAUUUCACAUAAAUAUGAAACGAAGCCCGGCAGCCGGAGCUCCUAUUGGCCGGCCGGUUAUUUUAUCAGCACUUAGUUUUUAAAUCCCCUCAAUUUAUGAAUUGCUAAGAUAUGAAAUGCUGAGAAUAUUCUGAUGGCACCAUCAGGGCCCCGCAGAGACCGGAGUGAACGUUUUCCUCAUGAUUGCUGUCUGUUUGGGUCGGAGGACAUUUAAGUGUCGGGAGCUCCCUCUGGUGGAGGAGCGGCGCCGCUGCAGCUUUACUUGAAUUCUGUUUUCUACAAGUAUUUCAUCCGACAAGAAGAUGGUACUUUCAUCGCUGUGCUCGGACAAAAACCCUCCUUGAGUCGUGUGGGGAGAAGUAAUAAGUUCAGCGUUCAAGUUCCGGCUUGUGGUAUUAGUUCUUAUUGGAGCGUUUCAGGGAGGCGGCCUGUUACCAUCUCAGAACCACCUGCUGGUCUGAGCUCAGUUUACAGUAUUUAUAUUCUGGUGUUUGUCUUUUCAAACAAAGACAAGCUUAUUUUUCUGAUAAGUUUUACAAUUUAAUCAUGGAGCUACAGCUACUUUUUUUAUUAUAGGAAAGCAGACGUUGAGCGAUCUAAGCGGGUCUUUUGUUCAACUUUAAAAUGGACCCCCCCUUCUAAGUGAACUGUGAUCCGCCGAGCACAGGUCUCUUAAGCCAUAAAGUGGACGUGUGAGAUCCCCCCCACCCCCCAAAAAAAUCCUGUGUCCAGCAAAGAAAGAUCACCUCCAUGAACGCUUUAUAAAACAAAGUUCUAUUUUGUUAAUAUGUAAAUGUGUAAAUAUUUAUAAAUAUAUUUCAACAGAUCUGUUCUUUGAGUAUUUCUGAGGAAGACGAGUCUUUUAAGACCAAAAAGUGUUCCAUGACAAGUUACACUUUUUUUUCUUUUGUUGCUUUCAGACCUGGACUUGUUGAACCAGCAGAAUCACAGCAGCUCUAAGCUAAAAAAAAAAAUACCAGCUCAAUAAAACCGUGAAAGAAAAAAAAAAUGACUCUAAAUCCCCUGAAAUGUGUGUCUGUGUUGCUUGGCAAUUGUAUGUUCAAUAAGUGUAAUAAUCAGGAACAGCUGAACUUGUGACACAAUCAAUGCUUUCAUUGUUGCAUCAGUGGUAAAACAAAAAAAACACUUGGAAAAUGAUCUAUUUUUGUACAAAGGUAAUUUUAUCUGACUUGUGUUGUUUUCUUCUGCAUACGUCGUGCAAACACUUUGCCAUUUUUUGCCCGCCGCUGCAACGACGGGGAUUGUCUUUAAUUAUAUUUUCAUCAAUUUUUAAGAGAUGAAAUUUGUCUUCUGUUCUUUGUGGGUUGUUUUUCCGAUGUUCUUAUCUUUCAUGGACCGAGAAAAACAAAAAAAGUUAUUAAAAAAAAUAAUGAACGCUGA